AUGGCAACAGGAAAGUCCAUGACAGUCCCCAUUACAUUAGCUCUUAUUGCACUGCAAAGACAAACCGCAGCCUCAAAAUCUAAAAGGCCUUCCAUGAUUCUGCAGCAUGGCAUCUUCGGUGGGCUUCCGAUAAGCGGUCCCAUUGUUCUGCCAAGCAUGUCACCGCAGACUCCUAGUUUGAGAACAUCUCUGGGGCAUGCAUUUUUGUUAUCUUGCCUUGGUACUGCUGGUGAUCCUGGUUGUAUUGGUGGAAAUGGAAAUGGAAAGGCUGGAGGUGAUUGCAGAUAUGGAAUUGGUGUUACGGGUAAAAGUGGAGCUGGAAGUGUUGGAGUUUCUGGGAAAGAGGGUGGUGGGAGAAGAAUAUAUGGAGCUGGAUUUGCUGGUGGUCUCGGUAAAGAAGGGGGUGUUAGAGGUAAAAAUGGUGGAAAAUUGAGUGUAGGUGUUUCGGGUGAUGAAGGUGGUGCAAAAGGUAAAAACGGUGGAAUGUUGAGUGUUGGUGGUGUCACAGGUAAAAUUGGUGGAAUAUUAAGUGUUGGUGGUGACACAGGUAAAAUUGGUGGAAUGUUAAGUGUUGGCGGUGUUACAGGUAAAAUUGGUGGAACCUGCAGUGAAGGUGUUCUGGGUAAAAAAGGCGGCAUUAGAGGUAAAACAGGGGGAACCUGA